AUGAAGAAAAAAUAUACUUUGGGGAGUAACUCAGAUUUUACAGGGUCAGAUAAAUCAACAGAAAUAUAUAUACAGGAGGAAUCCAAUAACGAUGACGAAAUAAUUUUUAACAACUUGGACAAAAUCCAUGAGGAGAGAGAAUUAGACGAAGACAUCAUUUGUGUUUAUGGAAAUGCUUUUAAAAAUGAGGAAGAAAUAAUAAGUGGUGGAGGGUACAACGCGGAAGAUAAGUGUGUCCAAGUUUGUAUCCUGAAUCUUAAUCAAGUUAAAUUGAAAUCGGUGCUUCGUUUUAUAGCUGAUUGCUGCUCAUUUCUCUGUGCCGUAGGGAUUUGGGGGAUUUUAGAAGAGGUUUUACGUAUACUGUCGGAUGAUAAUCAUUAUGUGAAGCUGUAUUAUUACAUAAUUUGUACCAUUUUGUUUACUUCCUUCGCGUGCACUUUUAAUUUGUACCUCUUGAAACGGGAGCAGAAGAGUGGCUACAUGUGUGAGGACUUGGAAUGCCCUGCGUGA